CUGUGCGGAAAAUUAUUCUCAACAAUGGCAGAAGUUGCUCCAGCACCCGUCGCCGCUGCUCCGGCAAAGGCUCCCAAGAAGAAGGCGGCACCCCGGCCGAAGAAGACUGGCCCUAGCGUGGGCGAGCUCGUCGUCAAGGCUAUUUCUGCGUCCAAGGAGAAGAAAGGAGUGUCCCUUGCGGCGCUGAAGAAGGCUCUGGCAGCCGGCGGCUACGACGUGGAGAAGAACAACGCCCGUGUCAAGUUGGCCAUCAAGAGUCUCGUCACUAAGGGAACUCUGCUCCAGACCAAGGGCACCGGUGCUUCCGGCUCCUUCAAGCUGAACAAGGCGAAGGCAGAGCCGAAGAAGAAGGCCGUCAAGAAGGCUGCCCCCAAGGCGAAGAAGCCCGCUGCUAAGAAACCCGCUGCAGCAAAGAAGCCCAAGAAGGCAGCAGCCAAAAAGCCAACAGCCGCCAAGAAGUCCCCGAAGAAGGCAAAGAAGCCCGCGGCGGCCAAACCCAAGAAAGCCGCUAAGAGCCCCAAGAAGGUAGCGAAGCCCAAGGCAGCCAAGGCUACCAAGAGCCCAAAGAAGGCAAAGGCAGCAAAGCCCAAAGCAGCGAAGCCUGAAGCCGCUAAGCCCAAAAAGGCAGCACCCAAGAAGAAGUAAACAGCAAGAAGACUGUCAAGAAUCAUACAAAAGGCUCUUUUAAGAGCCACCCAACUUCUCUACAAAAUGCACUUUAUUCCAAAUGCCUUAAAUUAUAUUGGUAUUCUAUGAAAUAACUUUUUUUUAGAUGUACAGGAGUAUGAU